AGACCGGACGUGAUAUUCGUGAAAACUAUUUUGAUUCAGCCGGUGAACUUCUUUACUGUCAUCGUCUGUUGUGCAGUAUUUCAGUUACUUCCCACGUUUUAAGUUUUAAUCGCCCUUCCUGUCGCGGCAUUAGUUUCAGACAAUUAGCCAGAUAACUAAGUUUCCCCGAAGGCUGGAUGUCUCUCAUUGCCGUUCUGCCAAGUGUGGAGUGACACUAUGGAUGAAGAAACUCUGGAGGGUGCAAUCUCUACGUAUGAAGCCCAGCUGCAGCAGGUGGAUGCCACGCUGGCUGCUGGCCUGGAUCCCUCUCAGGAGUGUGACCUGCUCAAACUGAAAGAGGACCUGUGUCAGCUGAUAGAACUCACCAAGGCCAGCCUGCUGUCUUUCAGAAAGAGUCUGCUUCUGGCUUCCCUGGAGGACACUAGUGGAGUGCAGGCCAAUGCCCAAAAGCCUGCGGCUGACACGAAAGGCCAUUUGGAGUCUGAGUUUGCUGCUUUCUACACUGAGCUUGGGGAGGUUUCGGGGACUAGCGCUGAAUUGAAGGAACGAGACCAGGACACAGAUAAUUGUGUAGAAGAUGAACGUGAAGAAGAAGAGGAGGAAGAGGAGGAGGAGGAGCUAGAUACUUUGAGUGGUACCAAAGUAAGAGCACCUUACAGGACAUCAUGGGGGACCCUGGAGUACCACAAUGCCAUGGUGGUUGGGGCAGAGGAACCAGAGGGAGAGGAGGCACGAGCUAGAGUUUUGUACAUUUAUCCGACGCAAAAGUCCAUGAAACCAUGUCCAUUCUAUCUUGAAGAUAAAUGUCGCUUCCAGGAUAACUGCAGGUUUUCCCAUGGUGAAGUGGUAUACGUGUCGGAGCUCAGAGACUUCCUGGACUGUGACCUCAGUAACCUUGAGGAAGGCUCGUCCUGCUUGACACGACACGAGGAUGGCAUCUGGUACCCAGCCAGAAUUACAGAUAUCGACAAUGGCUUUUACACAGUUAAGUUUGACUCCCUGCUGCUAAAAGAUGCUGUGGUUGAAGCCGACUGCAUCAUCCCACCACUGAGAGAAGACGACCCACUCUCCUCUGACUCUGACCCAGGAGAUGCUGAAGAUGAUUCGGCUUACGCUAAAGUUUUGGAGUCUAUAAGUGAAUCGACUGCAACGAAUACUUCAAUUUUUGGAGGUUGGGAGGCUCACACAAGAGGCAUCGGCUCCAAGCUGAUGCUCAAGAUGGGUUAUGAAUAUGGCAAAGGUUUAGGAAAAACGCAGGAGGGUCGAGUGGAGCCCGUCAUGGCGGUGCUUGUACCCAAAGGCAAAUCAUUGGACCAUUGUGCCGAAUUAACCCUGAGACGCACUCAGAGCAAGACACAGGAUGGCGUGAAAACGAGUCGGCCAAAGCGCCGGCGGAAGCCGAGGGAGGCUAACGGAGAGCGCAAAACCGUCUUUGACUUUCUCAACCGCAAGCUCGGUGCCAAGGAGCGCAAUGCGGACGGGGCGGCGACGGCCGCUGGCUCGUCCGCACUCACCGGGGUGGAGGCCUACAAUGGGGGCAAGAGCACCAAGAGGAGCCUGAAUGUGAAGUUGUUCCAGGUGGCCCAGAAGGUGGCCCAGACUGAAAAGGAGAUCCAGAACCUGACCCAGUUGCUCAGCAGGCAGACCAGCAGGGACGCGUCCAGAGUGAAGCAGCUGGAACAGAAGUUGUCGGCCGCUCGUCGGCUGCUGGCCCAGCAGAAAGCCCAGGAGCUGUCCAUCCAGAGAGAACAAAACAAGGCGGACACACACAAGAAGAUGACCGAGUUCUAAGAUCUUUUUUGUGUGACUUUUUGUAGUACCAAACACUCACACAUACCAAACAACAAAAGGAGUGUUCGUUUUUUGACAUGCUUUAAAUCACUGUUUGUUUGAAUUUGGUCGGUACCGAAAGUAUUCGAUGCUCAUUAUUGUUUGUAAUACAUCUUUAUUUCUGUCCACUAAAAAUAUCAGUUUAAAGAUUUCAUGUUUUUUUUUUAUUUCUCAUUGCAAAGCAGCUCUCUCCUUUUGGUCUUG